AAUUCUAGCUCUCUUCACACUUUUUGGCAGCUUACGAUCCUUGCACACUUUUUGACACCUUCCAAGGGACCAGCUCAUCCACCAAGCACAAUGAACAAAUUCGGCAUUGUAUUUCUAUCCGCCGCCGUUCUAGUCGGAGCUGCCAUGGCUCAAGACGCUGGCACCGCACUCUGUGGGGACGGAUGCAGCCUGUUGUGUGAGACCAUUGGCUCCCUGUGCGUGGAUGUUCCUCCCCUUGUCAGCUGUGCCGGCAACAAAGCUGCCUGCAACGGUGCAUGCGGACAGACCUGUUCCUGCAACGCCAAAUGCCUCGCCGACUGCCAAACCAAGAACGCCGACUGUGAGGCCAAAAACGAGAACAGCUUCAACCAGAUCGUCUGCAAAGGUCAAGUGUCUGUCUGCACAGCAGCCUGCCCUGUCACCUGCGCUGGUCAAGCCAUCACCCAGGGCAUCCAGCAAGCUUUGGGUCAAGCCCUCGCCGGUGUGACCAAGGCCGCCGCAGCAUAAACCCCAUCAACAACACCAGUCAAACGGAAUCCCGGAUGAAGACAUGGACACGGCCCCCAGACAUUAAAGUGGAGAACACUGUAUCACGUUAAUUGGCAACGAGUAACUUGUGAUGUCAGUUGAAAUCCAAAAUAAAACAAAAUAAUUUUAAAA